AUGCUGAAGCUCCCAUCCCCAACCCCAUCCUCCCUAGAAAACAGACGAACCAGCCCACUCCCCAACUCCAAAACCUCAGUGAAAACCAGCCGCAGAACCCUCCCAACCUCCCCACCACUCACAUCAGAACAAAACCCAACCCCCAAACCAAACAACCAAACAACCACCUCCGAACCCCCAGCCCCUCCAUUCCGCAGCGUCUCCGCCUGCAACAGAUGUCGCCUCCGCAAACACCGCUGCGACCAACGCCUCCCUCGCUGCGAGUCAUGCGAGAAAGCCCAAGUCCGCUGCGUGGGCUACGACCCCCUCACCAAGCAAGAAGUGCCACGCAGCUACGUAGCCUUCCUCGAAAGCCGCGUCAACUAUCUCAACCAGGUGCUGAUUGACCACGGCAUCGGCUUCAAGCCCGCUAUCGCCUACGAUGAAGAAGAGACGCUGAAGAUGGAAGCUGGGCAGUCGCCGAGGUUUGAGACUCGCGGAUUGCGGGACGCGAGAGAACUGCCAGAGCAGACGCAGAUGGGGAUGGGGAUGGGAGCGCGGUCGUCCCGUAAGAGGAAAUCGACUCAGUAUGCCGAGGACGCCAUCCCGACUAGACAGGUCAAGCGCUUGGCGCAGUUAAAUGUCCUUCUUACGGAGUUGUUGACGGAUGGCUGUGAGCAUCGUCAUUGUUCCCGUGAUCCUGGCAGGGGUUAUAUGCGUGCUGCUCGUAGGCAUCGCGUGCAGGAGGACUCGCUUGAACAGAGAUUGCCGUGGUCACCGCGGAGUUUUGAUUCCGUUGAUCACAGUGAUAGCCGCACGACUAGGUCUGAGUCGCCGGUUUCGUCGCAUGAACCAUUUCAAUACCCCAGGACCAUGCAUGGGCAUGGUUCGUCUCUGCUCGGUGCGAAAAGUAUAUUGGGGUCGGAUCAUGGGCAUGAAGUACAUGACACAAAGAGACAGUCUGGGGUCGAGCUUGAUUUGGUAGAUUACGAGUCCGAGAUACCCGAUAUCAAGCCUGUUGUUGGGGGUACAGAUGUCGUUCGACAUUUGGAUGCUCCGAGUCGUGCUUCGUCGCCAGAGAAGGAGAGUCGUUCUAGUCCUGAGCCCAAGUUUGAUAUUGCUGCUGAUCUUCUUCGGGGACGGAGGGAGAGGGAGAGGGCUAAUUAUGAUUUUCUUGAUGAGUUCCUUGUUGACUGGGCUGAUUGA